AUGCGACCCGAACACGCGUCCUUGACAGCUUUCCAUAGCAGCUGCAAGGAAGCUUCGAGGAAAGUGGGCCUGUCUUUGCAGGGCCCACCUCUGACACGGUAUAAAUGGGGAAGGACCUGCCCUUCCCCUAAGCCCGCUCUCAACUUGCAACCCUCUAUCCUUCUCUUGCAACCCUUUAUCCCUCUUUCGCAACUCUUGGAAACUUCAAUCGGUGCUGCCUCCGUCAGUGCACCCUCCAUCGGCGCGCCCUCUGUCGGCGUUCACUCUCACUCGCAAGGCCUCCAUCGGCGCUCGCUCUCUCUCGCUCAAACCUUACCUCCGUCGACGCUGACUCAAUCGUCGCUGCCUCUCCCUCAAUCGCCGUUCCUCCCUCAAUCGGUGCUCAACCCUCACCAUAACACAAGAAGGAAUACUAAAUGGAGGUUUCUUGAGGGUGUGAGGGUCUCUGGUGCACUGCCACCUAGAACGGUCUUGGUGCAGCAGUGUAUCUGUGAUAAAGUUAGAUAAAAAGUUUCAAU